AUGGAGAACGCUUCCAACAGUAGCCAGGGGUCCUUCGAGGCGCAGGGCGCGGGAGGCGGCUGGAAGGUGCUGGCCGGGUGCUUGCUGGCCCUGCUGGUGCUGGGUACCCUGGUGGGCAACGCCCUGGUGUGCCUGGCCAUCCUCCGCUUCCACCACUUGCGCUCCAAGGUCACCAACUGGUUUGUGCUGUCGCUGGCCGUGUCCGACCUUUGCGUGGCACUGCUGGUGAUGCCCUGGAAGGCGGUCACGGAGGUGGCGGGCGGCCUGUGGCUCUUUGGCAGCCGCUUCUGUGACACCUGGGUGGCCUUCGACAUCAUGUGCUCCACGGCUUCCAUCCUUCACCUCUGCAUCAUCAGCCUGGAUCGCUACUGGGCCAUCGCCAGCCCCUUCCGCUACGAGCGGCGCAUGACCCGGUGCCUCGCCUCUGCCAUGAUUGCCCUCGCCUGGACUCUCUCCGUCCUCAUUUCUUUCAUCCCCGUCCAGCUCCACUGGCAUAAAGCUGAGGCACCGGGGGGUCAAGAGAAGCCCAGAGAAGGGCUCCACCUCUGCGACGCUAGUCUGAACCCCACCUAUGCCAUCACUUCCUCCCUGAUCAGCUUCUACAUCCCGGUGGCCAUCAUGAUUGGUACCUACACCCGGAUCUACCGCAUCGCUCAGGCUCAGAUCCGUCAGAUCUCUUCUCUGGAAAGAGCUGGGGGGCUGUGCUCAGCUCAGGGCAAAGGGCCCUCCACUGCUUUGAGGAGUUCACUGCACAAGGAAACCAAGGUGCUCCAGACUUUGUCGGUCAUCGUGGGGGUCUUUGUCUGCUGCUGGCUGCCCUUCUUCCUGCUCAACUGUCUGUUGCCUUUUUGUGAGCCAGCGACAGGCAGCAGGAGCCCUGGGCAGCUCUCUUGCAUCAGCCAAACGACUUUCAAUGUCUUCACAUGGUUUGGCUGGGCCAACUCGUCCAUCAACCCGGUAAUCUAUGCGUUUAAUGCAGACUUCCGGCGAGCAUUCAGCAGUCUUCUAGGCUGUCCUUACCUCCCUUGCUGGGCUGCCAAAAGCUCCACCGCUAAGAGAGUCAACUUGAGCAACGAGCUGGUCUCCUGUCACCAUGACUUCUCCUGCCACAAGGAUGGAGAGGUCCCCAUCCCAUUAGCUCCACCCACAAUUGUUGCUUGGAGUCCAUCACUGCCCCAUGCAGUGAGCUUCCAAAGAGACGAGCAGAGCCAUGGAGAACCUCUGUUAGAGAAAGGGAUACUGCUAACAUGUCAAGUCGAUCACAGAAGCAGUGCCAGAAAUCUUAACCUGCCAGCCUUAUUGCCCUUUGAGUGCGAGACUCGGGUAUCUUUGGAGACUGUCACUCCUUUGACAGGGAUUACUGAACCUACCUGA